GACUUUGGCAAUUUGGAUCGGCACCGUUUAUUGCAUUUUCUUAUCAAAAGCAGUGUUUUUAUUUAAACUAAAGUGAACAGAUAACGUCAAAAUUAGUUACUAUCCCAAAUACAACGGCAACAGCUCCGCCAUGAGCAAGCCAGUACUUUACUCCUACUGGCGAAGCUCGUGCUCAUGGCGUGUGAGGAUCGCUCUGAACCUCAAAGAGAUCCCAUAUGACAUCAAAGCUGUGAGCCUCAUCAAGGGAGGGGGCGAACAACACUGCAAUGAGUACCGAGAGGUCAAUCCUAUGGAACAGGUGCCUUCACUCUGUAUAGAUGGGCAUACAUUCAUUGAAUCUCUAAGCAUAAUGCAUUACCUUGAGGAGUCCAGGCCGCAAAGACCAUUGAUGCCUCAAGAUUGCUACAAACGAGCCAAAGUGCGCGAGAUUUGCGAAGUUAUCUCGUCAGGCAUCCAGCCACUCCAAAAUCUCAUAGUCCUGAUCUACGUAGGUGAAGAGAAGAAGAAAGAAUGGGCCCAGCAUUGGAUCACACGGGGAUUCAGGGCCGUUGAAAAAUUGUUGUCUAGUUGUGCUGGCAAAUAUUGUGUUGGAGAUGAAAUUACAUUGGCUGAUUGCUGCCUUGUGCCGCAGGUUUUUAAUGCUAGAAGAUUUCACGUAGACCUGCGCCCGUUUCCAAUUAUCUUACGUAUCGACCGUGAACUGGAGAACCACCCGGCGUUCCGCGCUGCCCACCCCUCCUCCCAGCCUGACUGCCCUCCUGAAAUCUCCAAAUGAAACGCCCCGUCCACACAUUGGUACACACCCAAUUUAGUAUGACAACUUCAUUGAUAUCCUGUUCAGAACUACGCAGUAUUCUUUAUGUAAUAUUUGCUAAUACCUUAGUUAUCAGAAACAGAACGUUGGUUACUGUUCACAAGCAUUCCGUUUCCAUCUUGCAGGCUAGAGGUGAUACAAGAUGUAUUAUUGUUUAUUUUUUAUUAUAAAGUAGAUUGAAUUUUGUAACUGCUACCUAUAAUAUUUAAGUUAGGUUUAGUGAAAGUUAGCACUAGCUUCAUUAUGUUAUGAAAUAUUUUGAAACUGUGGAACAAUAAAAAGUAAACAUAUUUUUUUUUGCCCUAUGUGUAUAAUAUGAUAAAAGAAUUAUAUGCGUAGAUAAUGCUGCUAAAUGUUAAAUACAGGAAUGUGUACUCAAUAUGUGGACUCUUUGGGAUAAUUGUGUGACCACUUUGAUUGUAGGUCAUAAAAAAUAUAUAGUGUUAAGAUUUUACAUUUUUAUACUUUUCUUUUACAUUCCAUGUAAGAUAGUUAAGUAAUUCCUCUUCUAGUCUUAUCUCGUAUUUUAAGGAAUUUUCACAAGGUAUAUUGUUAUUCAUGUGUAUCGAACAAAAAUCUACUUGCAAGUA